AUGGCAAUAACUUUAAAAGACGCUAACAAAACAGUUCCUGUUAAAAGACAGGUUUAUCAACCUAUUUUAGAAAAUCCUUACACCUCUUCCUCUCAAGAUUUUCCUCAUGUCAAUGAGCAACAAGAAAUUAAAACAUUAUUAGAAAUAACUGUUCUACAACCUUUUUCUAAAAACCCUAAUGGUGCGCUUAAGAUAGGGUUUAACCAAGUUUACCAAUAUUUGGAAAAUAUUAUUAAAAACCAGACCGUAUUGAGUAGCAACACUACUGAUAAUGAAAUAAGUGACAGUGAUCGCGGUAUUUAUUUGUUUGUUUGUAAUAAAGACGGAGUUUCUCCAGUUUUAUAUUCUCAAUUUCCAAUGAUGAUUUCAUUGUGUAGUUCGAAAUAUAUGAAAAUAAAAAAAAAAGAGACCAAAAAUAUCCCAUUUAAGUUAAUCCAGUUACCUGAAGGCUCAUAUAAGUUAUUCAGCAAAUAUAUAAACGUUGAAGAGAAUAAGAAAAGAGAUACCACUGUUGAUAACAAAUUCGAAGAACACCAUGGAUUAUUGUUGAUUCCUGGCAAGUUCAUACCCAAUGCCUUACAAAAGAAAAUUGUUUCUAAUGUUGGUGAUGUGAAUAUAUCGUGGUUAAAUGAUUAUAUUAAUAGUGUCAGAGGCGAUAAUAAUAACGAUUAUAGUUCUCCUUUUAUAAGUUGUGCUAAGAAUUUGAAAAUGCUUAGUACUUCGGUCCCAUUGAAUAAAAAUAAAGUUAGAAAGGGUAAAGUGCUGAAAAAGAAGAAGAACAUGGUAUCUCAACAACAGUCCAAAAAGAAAUAA